CUUCGGAAUUUAAAAUGACGAGGGGAAGAAUUAGCCGUCGAAAUGCCGCGACUUUAUUUCAACUAUUUGCUGUAUGUCUUUUGUUGGAGCGUUCAUUUGCUCAACAGGUGUACAACCUCAGUCUCUCAAUUGAAGAGGGACUACCUGCAAGGACUAUUGUUGGGGAUAUAAGAGCGGGGUUACAGACUCCAAGCAGUGGAUUUUUCAUAUCUGAAAAUAGAGAUUCUUAUGUUUUUAAAGACUUGGAAAUAGAUGCAGACACUGGAAUAAUUUCAACAGCUGUGGUGCUGGACAGGGAGAGCAGAGACAAGUAUGAAUUUGUGGCAGCCACUCUCACAGGUGAGGUGAUUAAGGUAAAAAUAUUGGUUAAAGAUGUGAAUGACCAUUCUCCUGUAUUCUCCACUGAAAAGGUGGAGUUGAAUGUGUCAGAAUUAAGUCCUCCAGGAACUCGCUUUGAAUUUGGGGCUAAAGACCAGGAUGAGGGUGAGUUUGGAACUCGGGGUUACCGCAUCACUGAAAGUGAGAUGGGAGACAUUUUUAAGGUGAAAUAUCGAGGGGGUGGAAAUCUAUUCAACCUGGACCUCAUCCUCACUGACAAAUUGGACAGAGAAACAAGAGACCGUUAUUCCCUGACCAUUGAGGCAUUUGAUGGGGGUAUCCCGCCUAAAACGGGGCUUCAGGUUUAUAUCCAUGUCUCAGAUGAAAAUGACAACCCACCUGUGUUCAAUCAGACUGAAUACCAAGCUUCAGUGUGGGAGGAUGCUCCGGUAAUGUCACCUGUGUGUCAGGUCUACGCCACAGAUCUGGACCUCGGCGACAAUGGGCUCGUCACCUACGAGAUCAACCGACGCCAGAGUGACCCGAAUGAGUUCUUUGUCAUCAACGGAACUUCUGGUGUCAUCCAUGUUAACAAACCCUUAGACUUUGAGACGCAGCCAUUUUAUGAGUUGAUCAUCAGGGCGAGGGAUAAUGGCGCCCAGCCGGAGUAUAGCAGCACCUUUGUAGCCUUGAGGGUAAUAGACAUCAAUGACAACAGCCCCAUUAUCAGCGUAAUGUUUCUGAGUGAGACUGGGGAAGCAAAGGUGUCGGAAGGGGCAGGUAUGGGGGAAUACGUCGCCAGGAUAUCAGUCUCCGACCCCGAUCUGGGAGAGGUCGGGAGGCUCAGGGUCACCCUCGAAGGUGGCGACGGGAAGUUCACCCUGAAACAGACUGAUGAUUCCCUGUACGCCUUGUGCGUGGACGGCGAGCUGGACAGGGAGAAAGAGGGGCUAUACGAGUUAAAAGUGGUGGCCUCGGACUUCGGUAGCCCCCCAUUGAAGAGUGAAAGCACCUUGUUGGUGAGGGUCACCGACACCAACGACUGGCGGCCGGUUUUUGACCAGGACAUCUACACUGUGUCUGUAUCUGAGGACGUACCCCAGGGAAGUUCCCUACUCCGUGUGCAGGCCAGAGACUCGGACGAUGGGGUCAACGCGGCCAUCCUCUACUCCAUCCUACAGUCAGACCAGGACCACCUGGUCAACGUCGACCCAGAAUCAGGCAUCAUUACCACGGCAGCCAGGUUGGACCGUGAGAGGGAGACUGAGGUGCGGUUCCUGGUGGUUGCGGUCGACGGGGGGUCGCCAGCCCUGUCCUCCACAGCCACGGUCACCGUUAUGGUCGAGGACGUCAAUGACAAUGAGCCUGUGUUCCAGCAGCAGCUGUAUAAUGUGUCCAUCCCGGAACACACCCGGAUUGGGAACUGCUUUUUACAGGUUGUGGCCACCGAUGCGGAUGGCAGUGAUUUCGGUACAGUGCGCUACUCCAUCUCUGACGGCUUUAAUAAGCAGGACACACACCCUGUCUUCCAAAUUAACCCAGACUCUGGAGAGCUCUGCAUCUCACAGGAUAUCGACAGGGAUUCGGGCCUGGCGACCUAUGACUUGUUAGUGAAAGCUGAGGAUCAGGCAGGCUUGAGUGCCCAGACGUACGUCCACAUCGAGGUGGAGGACCUGAACGACAACCCGCCGGUGUUCAACCCAGAGAAGUAUGUGACCAGCGUCAGCAGCCACGCCCAGCCCGGCACAGAGGUCCUCAACGUCAUCGCAACCGACAGGGACUCUGGGGACUACGGUCAUGUCACCUACCAGAUCCUGCCCGGGGACCUGUCCUCCCUGUUCUCAGUGGAUAAAACUACAGGUGUGGUCUACCUGACCUCCACACUGACCCACCUUGGCACUGCGAGCGUCAAGCUGGCUAUUACCGCCCAGGACGGUGAGGGCGUGACGUCGGCCCGACCCGCGGAGGUCACAGUGAACGUCCUGCGCAGUGCCCAGGCCCCAGCAGUCUUUCAGAGGUCACGCUAUGCUUUCACCGUGCCCGAGAACACCCUGCCUGGCACCCCGGUGGGCAUCGUGGAGGCCCUCAACCCUGCCAACUCGGUGGACUCGUUGUCGUACCGCAUCUCGUCGGGGGACCCCCACGGUCUGUUCUCUGUCCACUCCAGUUCGGGCCUGAUCAGCACCAGCCGCCCGCUGGACCACGAGUCCCAGCCCUACGCCCUCCUGGUGCUCCAGUGCCACGCGGGCACCACCUCGCCCAUCUACAGCAGCACCCAGGUCAACGUCACCAUCGCUGACGUCAACGACAACGCGCCCGUCUUCCCCAAAAUGACAGACACCGUCGCCUUGUCCCAAAACACGCCUCCCGGAACGGUUCUGUUCAUAGCCCAUGCCCACGACGCAGACAGCGGCACAAAUGGGAGGGUGCGGUAUUUCCUGUCACGUGGUAGUGCUAGGGGAAGUAUGCCAUUUUAUGUGGAUGCCGACCUCGGUACAGUGUACUUAAACCAAAGCUUCUCUCGGGACCCGCGACCAAAGUACACCUUUGAAAUUCUGGCGAAGGACAUGGGCGAACCUUCGCUCACUGCCACGCUGAUGCUCACAGUCAACGUGGCGCGCAGUGCCACUGAAGACACCCUGGCCUUCGAGACACUAGUCUACCAGGUGGAAAUGGGCGAGGGCACCCAAAUAGACACCCGGGUCAUCCAGGUGAGGGCACAUCGAAGCCGAGGAAGCAGCAGCCAUCAACAGGGGUCCAAACCCAAUCAAGGCCUCUCCUACUCCCUGGAGCCCGACCCAGACUUUCCCCCUCCGCCUCUCCGAAUCCACCCCGAGAGUGGGUGGCUCUUUCUCUCCCAAAACCUUGACUAUGAAACAGAGCCCAUGUUUCGCUUCAAAGUCCUUGCCACUGUUAAAGACGAAACAACACUAGCUAUAGCUAACACCACCGCUACAGCCAAUGUUAUCGUGCUCGUCCUAGAUGAGAAUGACAAUGCACCAGUGUUCACCAGCCAGACCUACUUCUUCACGGUCCAAGAGGGGCCUUCGCCCCAGGGCCUGGUGGGGACGGUGCAGGCAGUCGACCGAGACUCCAGGAAAAACGCGCAGCUGUCCUACAUCCUGCUGUCGGACGGGAAACACUUCCGCAUCAACACCAAAACAGGGGAGAUAAUCAACUGGGUGUCUCUGGACCGGGAGCAGCAUGCUGGGCACACCCUGAAAGUGAUGGUGACGGACCAGGGCCAGCCCCGCCUCAAUGCCACUGCCACCGUUCACAUCCUGGUCACCGACAUCAACGACAACCCACCCCAGUUCACCCACCUGCCCGCCGCCGGCAAGGAGCUCAACGUCCAGGUUUGGGCAGGCCUCCCCACAGGCUCAUUGGUGACCACCAUGUUUGCCAAAGACCUCGAUGCAGGAGAAAAUGCAACAGUCAGGUUUUCUCUGACGACAGAUGAGGAACAGGGCCACUUUGAGAUAGACAGUCAGAGUGGAGACAUACGGACCACGGAGCUAUUCACCCAGAACGCCAAAACCCAAUACACCCUGACAGUGGUUGCCACCGACAACGGAGCUGGCCCCCUAGAGGAGACAGCCGUCAUUCACCUCCAGGUUCAGGCUGCAGAGAAUCAACACGGCGGCACCCACCCCCAAAGCAUGCAACACUUCUCUGUGAGGGAGGACACCAAACCCGGCACUGUCAUCGGCUCCGUCCACCUCUCCCCAUCCCCAACAACCAAUGGCAGGCUGCGUUACUCCAUCGCCGAGGGCGACGGGGUCCUUCACUUCGGCCUGGACAGCUCGUCCGGCGACCUGUACCUCAACCAGCCGCUGGACUACGAGUCUACAUCACUCUACUUUCUGGUUGUACAUGGCGAGGACGCCACGGGACCCGGGACUAAUGUAACAGUAUUUGUGAGCAUAGCGGUGGAGGACGUGAACGACCACGUGCCCUGGUUCCCCUGCGAGGUGGUCAUGUUUGGGUUGCUGGAGGACGUAGAAGUUGGAACGCGUGUGUUCGCCUUCAACGCCAAAGAUGGCGACGGGAGCCUGGCCAACAGCGGCCUGCGUUACUCAUUGACCUUUGACCCUGAGCUGGGCAUGUCAGGAGGGUCAUCAUUGUCGUCCGCAACAUUUCCUUUCUGCAUCCACCCGCUCACCGGCACCCUCACCACGACCGCUCCCCUGGACCGCGAGAGGACCGUGAGCUUCACGUUCAUGGUCACUGCCACCGACCAGGCAGCGAGGGAGGCCGACCGGAAGUUCGCGACUGUGACCGCUCAGGUGUUCCUGCUGGAUGUGAAUGACAACCGUCCGGCGUUUGUCUCCCAGGACACGGCCCUUGUGAUGGAGGACACGGAGGUGGGGAGCCUGGUGCAUCGUGUGGUGGUCGUGGAUGAUGAUGUGGGUGAAAGCGGCCAGGUCACCUAUUGUCUUGUCUCUGGGAACAAGGAAGGGUUCUUUACUUUGGAGGAGAAAACAGGUCUGCUGUACCUAGCAUCCCCUCUGGACUACGAGCUCCAGACCUCCCACUCCCUGACCAUCCAGGCCUCGGACCAGGGGCUCCCCUCCCUCUCCUCUACCCAGACCCUGAGGCUGGAGGUGGGGGAUGUGAACGACCAGCCUCCCCUGUUCCAGCAGGACGUCUACACAGCCAGCGUUGCCGAGAACAGAGAGCCUGGGGGAGAGCGUGGUCACUGUGUCCGCCACAGAUAA